AUGGCAAACGAAAAAUGGCGUUUCGGCACAGUAACCGAGACGAAAGGCGAUCUUCAUUAUCGAGUUCAACUUGAUGAUAAUCGCACGUGGACACGACAUGUAGACCAAAUGCGAAAAGUUGGAAAACUGGUAUCCCAUACACCUGCAAAUGUGGAGGUGCAGCCAUCAAUACCAACAGUAACAUCUGAAGUCGCCCCCGUUGGUAUUGGAAGAGAGAGUCGUCUUGACGUCGCUCGGGAUAAAGACUCUCAAACGAACUCGCCGAUAGCUAAGGAUACAGAGAACAUUCUGCGUCGAUCGGAAAGAGAGCGAAAACCACCGGAGAGACUCAAAUAUUCCAUAAUGAAUUUAGGAAUAAGUGAGCUUUGA